AGCCGCUAGUUUCUUAAGUAGAAGAAGGUCUCCACACUGUUUGCGAGGCGGACGGAGUUGUGCGGGAAGAAGUCCACUAUUUCGCGGUUGUGCAGCUACAAAUACUACAUUGGCGACGCGUGUCCAUCGAAAUUCUACCAUCGUGUGUGCGGACUUUUACAAUCAGGUGGGCUUUGUCGUAGCAGAGAUAUAAAGUGCUUUGAGGAAGGCUGCUAGGCCUCACAGGUUAAUCACCAUGAGUUACGGUAGGCCUCCGCCAGACGUCGACGGCAUGACUUCCCUCAAAGUGGAUAACUUAACGUACCGCACGUCGCCCGAGACCCUCAGACGGGUGUUUGAGAAGUAUGGCCGGGUAGGGGACGUCUACAUUCCCCGAGACCGCUACACAAAAGAAAGCAGGGGUUUCGCGUUUGUGCGGUUCCACGACAAGCGGGACGCCGAGGACGCCAUGGACGCCAUGGACGGCGCGCUUCUGGACGGACGGGAGCUGCGAGUCCAGAUGGCCCGGUACGGCAGACCCCCAGAUUCUCACUACGGUGGCGGCGGCGGCGGCGGCGGUGGUGGUGGUGGCGGAGGAGGAGGAGGCCGUCGAGGAGGGCCGACCAGGAGGUACGGCGGCCAUGGACGCCGGAGCAGAAGCUCUUCCCCCAGCCCAAGACACAGAAGACGCAGCAGGUCCCGCAGCAGGAGCCGCUCUCGUUCCAGAAGCCGAUCCCGCUACAGCAGAUCCAGGUCCCGGUCCUACUCCAGAUCCAAGUCUCACUCUCCCAGGAACAAGAAGGCUAAGGCCAAAUCCCAGUCUCGUUCCAGAUCUAGAUCCAGGUCCCAGUCCAAGUCCAAGUCCAAGUCCAAGUCCAGGUCAAGAAGCCGCACCCCGUCCUCUAAAAGAGGGUCCAGAUCGAGAUCUAAAAGCCAGCCUAAGUCCGCAGCAGAAAAUGGAGGGGAAUCCCCAUAGAGCUCAGCAUAAGUUUUCAGGUGAAGACUGGAAGCUUCAAGUCCAAGACGGAAUCCAGCGCAAGCAACAGUGUUGUGCUGUAAAAGGUUAUUAUUGUGUCUUCCACGCUUUGGUUUGUUUCAUUCAUUUGGCCACAAAAGGCUUUGUCAUUUCAUUGAUGUGAUGUGAUUCUUUUUUUCUUUUUCUUUUUUUUUUAAAAUGAUUUUAAAAAUCUGAUUCAGUGUGAAGAGGCCGUACUGUUCUGACAUGGUUUUGUAAUGAUGACACAGGAUAAUACAGUUAAGUUUGUACCAGUUGCCCCUCUGAAGAAGCUAGUCUGCAGUCCAGCUUUCUUUGACUUUCCUUUUUUUUUUAAAAAAAACACCUCACAUUGAUCCUGGAUCACCUUUGACAGAAAUGUGGUCACUGGCUGACUCAAUCCAGUGAUGAGACAGAAAUAGACAGACUGAAUAAUCACAGGCCAAGUUUUUAGCUGUUCAUGUAGAUAAAUGGUAAUCAGUAGAAUAAUCCUUUGGUUUAAUUAUUGUGGCUGCAACUGACUAUUACUUUCAUUAUCUGUUGACCAUUUUCUAGAUUAGUUGUUUAGUCUACAAAGUGUUUGCCUACUUAAAAGAAAAACAUUUAUCCAAGUAGUUGCUGCUUUUAAUUUCUUUCAAUCACUAAUCAGUUUAAUUAUUUCUGAUCUAAAUCGUUUCAUCAAGGUUAUGUUAAUACUUCUGCCUUUAUAGGAAAUGUAAUGCUUUCAUCCAUGUCAAGAUCCUGCGGAAGUGUAGAUUUAUUUUCUGGUGUUAGCCAUGGUGAUCUGUUGUGGUGAAUGAGCCAGCUUUGUGAUGCCAGAAAGCCAGAGUUAAGCCCAAAGUUAGGUGGCUAACUCAUUAACUUGUCUUUGACACAGAGGCGUGGUGUCAGCGCACAGUCGGGAUAGUUUCUUGUUCAACAAGGGAUAAAUCUAAAAGGAACUAAUACACACCUACGUUUUCUUAUCAGCGCAAAUAUUUCAUUUAACUGAAGUGAUCCCCGAAAAACAAUGAGGUUACCUGGUUCCUUAUGAUCUUGAAUUUCUGCAGCUCAGGGUGUCUUUGUCAGAGAGGACAGCAGAUGAUUUUAACUCCUGUAAUAAAUGUGUUAAAUGUAAUUGCAUAGACAGUAAAAUGACAGGUAAUCUAAAGUGUCAAGUAAAGGACUGUUUGCGGUCAGUAAAAGGUCACACAGAUCUACGGUCUAAGCUCAUCACCUUAAAUCUUUUUUUUUUUUUUUUUUUUUUUUUUUUCUCUCCCCCCAAAUCUUACAGGACAUGUACUGGACUCUGGAAAAAGUAUUUUUUGUUUUUCUUUUAAUUUUUGAUCCUAAUCCUGCUUGUAUGUUUGUUUUGUGCACUAGGCGCAGUUGUGUAGCAGUUGAGUAUUGCUGGUUAGCUGUUAAGGUGGCGUGUUGCUCUGCUGAGUGCUUGGAUGUAUCCAGUAUUCUCCAGAAUGCUCCUGUGACUACCAGUGGUACGGUUGCUGCAGUCUCACCCUUUGUAAGAUGAAAUGGUUUUUUUCCCCCCAUAAUGGUCAUGGAUGAAAAAUGUGACUUUCAUUAAAGAUUUGGUGUUUUGUCUAUAA